AUGCUCAGUGAACACACCUGGGAGGCUAUCGCCGCUGCGAAGAGGGAAGAGCUUCUCUCCUCCAUCCCGUCGGAAUGGAUUAUCCAACAAGAAAUCUCCCCUCCAGAAUCCCAGGCCGAUGUGACUAGCUUCCCUGAGAAAUCGGGAUGGUUCACAGCAGAUGAGUUGGAGAUUACCAGCUCAACAGCUUCCGAAAUCCUACAGAAAACCGCAACGGGCGUCUGGAGUGCGGAAGCUGUAACUCACGCAUUCUGUAAACGUGCUGCUGCCGCUCAUCAGCUGACAAACUGCCUCUUAGAAACCCUUUUCCCAGCGGCGUUGGAAAGCGCAAAAGCACUCGACGCUCACUUCGCUGCUACCGGCAAACCAGUCGGGCCUCUUCACGGUGUCCCAAUUUCCCUGAAAGACAACUUCGACAUUAUCGGCAAGGACUCGACAAUUGGCUUUACGGGCUGGGUCAAUGACCCGGCCACGUACAAUAGCAUCAUGACGGAUCUGCUGCGUGAGGCGGAAGCGGUCCUGUAUGUCAAGACCAACGUCCCGACAGCAACGAUGAUUGCCGAGACGGUAAAUAAUGUUUUUGGGCACACAUUGAAUCCGCGCCAUCGCCUAUUUACCUCCGGUGGUUCAUCUGGGGGUGAGUCAGCGUUGAUUGCGUUUGGGGGCAGUCCGUUGGGUGUUGGGACGGAUAUUGGCGGCUCUCUCCGCAUCCCCGCCGCCUGCACAGGCAUCUUCACGCUGCGCCCCUCCUUCGGCCGCUUCCCCAACUUCCUGACCAAAUCCGGACUGGCGGGACAGGAGUCCGUCCUGAGCGUCAACGGACCCAUGGCUACGACGCUAGAGUGCAUCAACUCUUCGCAUCCACCGUUGCUAACAGUGAGCCCUGGGUCCGGGAUCCAAAAUGCAUUCCAAUCCCUUGGGACUGUGGAGCCCAAGCAGCGACUGAAACUAGCAGUGUUGUGGGAUGAUGGUCUCGUGCGGCCAACUCCACGUGUCCUAACAGCACUGAAGGAAACAGUGGAGAAGUUGAGGAGUGCUGGACAUGAGGUUGUAGAUUGCUCUAAUCUCCCUACUUUUGCUAGGACCGCUUCUUUCUCUCAGACGGCGGAAAGACCGUGCAAGGAAUCCUUGCGGCCUCCAAAGAGCCCAUUUGACCUGAGAUGGACCUGUACGGCCAAGUCAAAGACGGCGGCGUUCAGACACUGUGGCAGCUCCACGUCGAGCGCAACAAGCUCCAGCAGGAGUACAUGGAGCGAUGGAAUGCAAUCGAGGCACGUCGGUUACACCGGCGUCUACAACAUCCUCGAUUAUUCGUGCCUAUCGUUCCCGUGCGGUGUCCACGUCGACGCCACCGUAGAUGUUCCCGCCGUCGAUGAGGUUGAACUCAGUAUAAUUGACGGCGAGGUGCAAAAGGAGUACAACCCCGCCGUCGUCCACGGGCAGCCUGUUAGUUUGCAGCUUGUAGGGCGUAGGCUAGAGGAGGAGAAGGUGGCGAUGAUGGGAGAAGUUAUUUCGAAGGCUCUCCAGGAAAAAAGCCCCGGGGGGGAUACGUUCCCGAAAUGCAAUGGCAAAUAG